UUUUACAAGCUAGCUCGAAUUUCAGUUAAAACCACCAGAGAGAGACAGUGUCAAAAAAUUUCAAUUUUAUUUUAUUUAUUUUCCAAUUUCUAUUAUUUUCGUUAAUUAAUUUCGCAAUCCCGCGCAAUUUUUCUCUCCUUCUCCAUCUAGGGCUUAUACUCAACUUUCUCCCAAUUUUCAAUUUCGUCUUUCUCUAUGUCACCCUAAUUCUCGAAAUAGCGGUUUCAGAAUAUUCGGUUACGAUGAACGAUGAGAAGAAGCCUUCAUCGUCGUUCGUGAAAAUAGGCGACCGGCAAUUGUUUACGGUGGAGCUCCGGCCAGGAGAGACCACCAUAGUAUCAUGGAAGAAGCUGUUGAAAGACGCCGCCAAGUCGAACGGAUCCGCUUCCACAUCUCAACACUCCCGGCCGGAGGCUUUUCCGGGGCAACCUGUUGAGGUUGAGGAAAAUGAUGAAGCUCAGCCACACCGUUUCAGUGCUGUGAUAGAGAAGAUUGAACGCCUUUACAUGGGUAAGGAUAGCAGUGAUGAUGAGGAUCUGCCUGAUGUUCCUGAUGAUGAUCAGUAUGAUACUGAAGAUUCUUUUAUAGACGACGCUGAGCUGGAUGAAUAUUUUCAGGUUGAUCAUUCCAAAGUCAAACAUGACGGAUUCUUUGUAAAUAGGGGGAAAUUGGAACGCACUGAUGAACCUCCUGUAAUACCCAACCAACAACCAAAGAAAAGGCGCAGAAAAGAUAUAGUGAAGAAUCCAGGUAAAAAUAUUAAUGACCAUGGAUCAAAUAAACAUAUAAAAGUGGGCAAGGCAGCAUCUGGGAAAACAACUUCCCUACAGGCAAGGAAUGUGUGUAAUUCCUCACAGAAUUUGGCUGUACCCAAUGAAGACUAUGAAGACUUGAAAAUUCAUAAUCAAUCAGAUAUCUAUGGAGUUAGUUCCAAAAAGAAAAUUGCUGAUACUAAACCCAUAUUAGUCUCUGCUGUCUCUUUGAAAACAUCGAGUGAUGAUGUCCCUGCUGCCAUGUCAGAAGCCAAAGAUGCUGAUAAGAAGAUAGGAACUUUUCAAUCUAAGAACACAAGUGAAUCAUUUGACGUAUCUCAUCAAAAGUACCAUGAAAAAGGUGCUUAUGUACAAUCCAAAUCCCAACCUGGAAGACCCUCGAAGAGUAUUGAUAAUUUAGAAAAUAGCGGUCGGUUGAAAGAAAAAAAUGGUAUGCGUCAACUUCCGGAUCUUAACCUGUCUGUGGGAAAGUCUGCUACUAAAGCAGCAAAAUCUGAAUACAUGCACAGGAAAGAUGGGUCUAGUGCUAGGCCAAAAUCUUCGAUGCUUGAGAAGACUCUGUGCGAGUUAGAGAAAAUGGUUGCAGAGUCAAGGCCCCCUGCAGCGGACCAGGAGGCCGAUAAUACAUCCCAGGCAGUCAAAAGGAGGUUGCCUAGGGAAAUAAAGCUAAAGCUUGCUAAAGUGGCUAGACUAGCGGCCAGCCAUGGGAAAGUAUCAAAAGAGUUGAUUAACCGCCUUAUGAGUAUUCUUGGGCACUUAAUGCAACUCAGAACAUUAAAGGUAUUGCAUAUGCUAAAUAUAAACAGAUAACCCUUCAGUCUCAGUUGUGCCCAAUUCCAACUUCUGUCUCCCCCUGCCCCUCUUCCAGCUGAUAUAUACUAUUACAGUCCAGAAAUUAUUGGUGUUAAGAUUUGAGCAUGCCUGUUUUUUUCUGAAAUCCCCUGUCCAGAGUUGCUGCAUUAUAUACAACUUUUUUAGUUUAAUUGUUGGAAUGUAAUUUUAGAAUAAUGGAAAUAGACUUUGAUUAGAACAUUCUUGACCUAACCACAUGCAUUCUUAAUUUUGAUUAUGGACUGAGUGACUUUAUUGCGAGAAUGUGACUUGAAAAUAAUAGAGAUAUGCUUUCAGUUUCAGUAA